UGUAACUUUUGGCCGCUACCUGUGUUUCGAGCACGUCCGUCAUACCCGGCUCCACAGUGACCUGCAGGACAGCAUUGCAAGCAUGGCCAAACGAAAGCCGUCGUGCGUAAAGAAGCUCCUCCGUCUGGCUAUCCUCGGCACCACCUCAUAUAUCGCAAUUUUGUCGGCUCUCAUCUACUUCCCAGAACUGCAGCCGGCACUCACGUACCUGCAUUGGGUUCGCAUACCUUUCGGAGUUGACUGGAACGACGGAGCUGUGGGCUAUGGUUUCCGCGCAUCGACCGUGCGGAAUGUGAAGAUUCACACCUCUGACAAUGUAACUCUGGGAGCAUGGCACGUCCUCCCCCGCACGUCCUCGCCAUCUAUCUUCGCCGACACGCGGAUCGCUGGGUCCAGCGAGGACCGGUUCGAUGCGGCGCUGGAGAGCGCUGACAGGGUGUUCUUAUACUUUCAUGGGAACUCGGGCAACCGCGCUACGGGACAUCGAACGAAAUUGUACAAGAUGAUUCAGCAGCUUGGCAGCUCCCAUAUCAUAGCCGUCGACUAUCGCGGGUUCGCCGACUCGGAUCCCGUCUACCCGACCGAAGCCGGUGUGCAACGAGACGCCGAGGCAACAUUCCAAUGGGUGCUCUCCAAAGGGAUUCCCCAACACAAGAUCUUCCUCAUCGGGCACUCGUUGGGCACCGGUGUGGCCUCCUACCUCGCUCACCGCGUCAGUAACAACUACAGGAUCGGCGGUGUAAUCCUUCUAGCACCAUACGCAUCUAUGUCUGACGCUGCGAUAGGAUAUCCGAUCGUCCCGCUGCUCUGGCCCUUCAAACACCACCCAGCCACCACGGAGAGAGUUAAGGGAUUCGUUUCUGAGCGCUGGAAUUCUACCCACUACCUCCGCGAAACCCCUGGUGUGCCGCUGCUCCUUGUGACGGGGUCUCGCGACUUCGAGAUCUUGCCUUGGCAGGCGCGCUCGUUGUUUACAUCCUCCGUGUCUGCACGACUCUCCAAGGACAUUACUGUCCCCAAGGAGAAUGUGGGCACGGCUUUGGCCAAGGACCACCCCAAGGAAGUGACAAGACAUGAUGGAUAUGUAGUGCGGCCUCUGGUGCGCGAUGAAGGCUGGUUGUGGGUCGCAGAUCGGGGCGAGAAUGGAGACAGGGAUGACGUGUGGUAUCUAGAGGUGAAGCAUGGAGGGCACAAUUCUGUAGCAAGUUUCCAAGUGGUUGAAGAUACGCUCAAAGCCUUUGUUGAGCGCAAGUAGAUGUAGACAAAGCGUGCCAUGCAAACUCAAAAAAAAAAGCUUCUCACACCUUUUUUUUGAUUCUAUGCUACAGACGUCAAAAAACAGAACACUGCGCACUAUAUACAAUCUAAUGUAUCAAGAAAUUCCGUGAUGCGAAGAAGCGAAGGCUUGCAACGCUCUUGGAUACGAACGAGUUAGUCCUUGCGAGGACCAUCCGCGGUGCGUUAACGGAUUCUGUUCACAAGAAUCACCUCAUCCCCUUCUUUUCUGAUUGAUGAAUGCAAGUGAGACACUCUAUUCGGACAGCGAAUCAUCUAACCGACUGCAAAUGUGUCUACG